AUGCCUCAGCAUUCUACUUAUUCCACUCAUGGUAGAAAGGAUGAUAAAGUAGCGCAUUCAAAUUCUUUCGAAUCUCGCAAUUCCACUCUUGGUUUUGAUCAUAUAUAUGUAAUUAAUCUUGCUAAGAGACCGGAUAGACUCAAAAUGAUGAAAGCUAUAACAGAUACUCUCGGCUUAAAGGUCGAAUUUUUCACUGCCAUUUCUACAGAUGAUCAUAAAACAUUGAAUAGAUUUAAUAAUGCCACUGAACUGUUUGAUACUCAUAAAGCUUGUUACAUCAGCCAUUAUCUGAUCUACGCAUCGAUCGUUUAUCAUGGUUACGAUAACGCCUUGAUAUUAGAAGACGAUAUAGAUAUUGAACUCAAUGUCUCAUCAAUAAUGACCUAUAUUCAUGGUGUUUUACCUAAUGAUUGGGAUCUUUUAUAUCUAGGACAUUGCAUGAACUGGGAGGGUUCAUCUUUUUUCGAACCUUUAGAUUAUACUUCUCCUAUAUUUAGACUAUAUCCUUCUAAACAACCAUAUUGUACACAUGCUUAUGCCGUUUCAUACGCUGGUGCCCUUAAGUUAUUAAAGGAACUUUCCGUUUUAAAUGUUCCGGUUGAUCUCGAAUUAAUCUGGAGGAUUGAAAAUGGAAUCGUUAAAUCAUACAGUAUUGCACCGCCCGUUGUCGUACAAUGGCGCUCUAAUGAUAAUCCCUCCGAUGUCUCUCCGGAUCAAGAACUAGAACAUCAAACUUUGUUAAACUCUACCUUACAUUCAAUUGGAUUCUUAUGGAAAUAA